UACUCUACUUCAACGAAUUUGAUUUUUGAGUACUUAAAACAAUGCCAUCCGUCACCUUGAUUACUAUAAUGAUUUGUAAAGCUUAUACUGCAGUCAUCCUAAAUGUUCAUUUAGUCCCAGUAAAGCUAUUGUAUUAACGCUAUUCUGUAGAACCGGGGAAACCAGACACUCACAAAUUUGCAGGUAAACACAAUAUUUUAUUUGUUGGCAUAUACCUCAUUUGGUAUAUCGCAAGUCGCCGUAGAGCGAUCGAUCCUGAAAUUCGUCACAUCGAAAGUUUCAAGUGUAAUGUAGGUCUACAUGACCGCCAGUAUGUACGUGGUGUCUUUUGACAUUUUCUAAUUUUAGACGUUUUGAGAUAAGAUAAAGCACAAGUUGAUAUAACAUAUAUAAAACUGAAAAGGAAUUAAGAGGACAUCUUUGUGAAUAAGUAUUGUGAUCUCGAGAUGAAUUAUAAAGUAAUCACCAUUCUCACAUACUUAAGUUUGUGUUAUUGUCAUAUUGGGGACACAUCUAAAUACACGUCAAAGGAUAUUGGACAACUCGUUGAAAAUUGGGAAUCAAAAUUUGCUGAUGUUUAUAAACAGUUGGAAAUUGUUAAUUUGGGAUGGCAGAAGGAAAUUGCAAUAAACAAGGAAUUUCGGGAGAAGCUGGCGAUUCAAGAACAUGCUAUUGAAAAACUACGUGGUCAAAGGGAUGUACAGUCUAUAAUAAGAAAAGGUCGUCAAGGAAGUGAGGUCGUGGCCUUCACAGCAUACUUGGACCACGAAAUGACAAACCUAGGUCCAGACCACACAAUACAAUUCGGGGCAGUUGAGCUUAACGAAGGCGGAGCAUACAAUAACAACACCGGUGUUUUCACGGCUCCAAUGGACGGUGUUUACCUGUUUUCGUUCGCCGUGGAAGAUUACCACCCCCACAGACUGUGGACCAAACUUGUUGUUGAUGGUCAACUGAAGGCUAGUGUAAUAGAAUGGCCCGGACCAAACCACAAUAAUGCCCAAGGAAGUAACACAGUGGUGCUAAGGCUAACAUCUGGACAGUCUGUCUUGGUUGCUGUUGAUUCCCGGGAGUCAGGAGAUAGUCUCCAAGGAUGGUCCAAUCUACGGUCAACGAUGUUCACGGGUGUUUACCUAGGUCCUUGAAGUUUCGUGAAACAGAGAAUAACAAAUUAAAUAGCAUUCAUUGAGUUAA